CCUUAUCGUGGUGGAGGGUUUGAGUGUCCCAGUGAUCCUAGGAGCCAUCGGAGGCUUCGUGCCUCUAUUUGGGUCGGAUCUGUCAGGGCAAACCGGUCCUAGGUGAGGGAUCUGACCAAGAGCAGCCCAAAGAUCGCUUAUAUAUUUUUUAAACCCAAACACGCAGCAGACCGCUGAUGGGCGAUAGCAGCUCUUCCACCAGGCUCAUCAGGUUUUCUGGAGGAAACCCUGAAAGCUUUCCCAGGGACAGUUUCAUCAGGUGUCCCACAGCAGCUUGAUGGAAUCGGACUCCAGUACCGUCAGUAGUGAGUCGAACAGGUCGGCGGUGUGUCACUACGACUCACUCAUUUGAAGAGCCAUUGGUGGGGAAGAUUUGAGAUCAAACAGCCUGAAACAGGCUCACCUGUUGAUUUUGAGUCGCUACGUCACACUGAGCUGAUGGACACCGGAAGAGAGGAGACGCAGCAAGAAAAGAAAAUGAGGAUUUAACGCUACAGUCCUGAUAAGAAGCUGCUUUCUGACCCAGCAGCUACCAUGGUUCUGGAGGAGAACGAUGACUCUGUCUUUGAGCCUCAAAUCACCGAGGAGCACGUCGAGACUCAGUAUGGGGACCUCCACUGCAUCUUGACAGGAACUCCUAAAGCGAACCGACCCGUCAUCCUGACCUUUCAUGAUAUUGGACUUAACCAUAAAUCUUGUUUUGAGACUCUGUUCAACCAUGAAGACAUGCAUGAAAUUGUUCGUCAUUUACCUGUUUGUCACAUUGAAGCUCCUGGACAACAUGAGGAAGCCAAGACUCUGCCCACUGCGUACACCUACCCCACCAUGGACCAGCUCUCUGAGGUUCUUCCCUCUGUCCUCAAUCACUUUGAGAUGAAUAGUAUAAUUGGUGUGGGAGUUGGAGCUGGAGCUUACAUCCUGGCCAGAUUUGCACUGAAUCACCCUGAUUUAGUGGAUGGAUUGGUUCUGAUCAACAUUAACCCCAAUGCAGAGAGCCUAAUGGAUACUGUUGCAAACAAGAUUACUGAUUGGACCCUCACUCUCCCAGACAGAAUUAUCACACACUUGUUUGGUAAGGAUGAGAUCCAGACAAAUCAAGACCUUGUAUCAACAUAUCGUCACUACAUCACAACAACAAUGAACCAAUCCAACGUGAGUCAGUUUCUACGUUCCUACAACAAUCGCAACGCUCUGGAGGUAGAGAGGCCUGUCCCUGGAGGGAAUGUCAAUGUCAAGACACUCAUGUGCUCAUCCCUGUUGGUUGUUGGGGAUAGUUCUCCAGCUGUGGAAGCUGUGGUUGACUGCAACUCUAAACUGAACCCCACAAAGACCACACUGCUCAAGAUGGCAGACUGCGGAGGACUUCCUCAAGUUGUUCAGCCAGCCAAAGUGAUUGAAGCUCUUAAAUAUUUUAUCCAAGGAAUGGGAUACUUGUCCAGCGCCAGUAUGACCAGACUUCGCUCAAGGACAACCUCCAGCUGUAGCAAUAUGUCAGUCGAUGGCUCUCGAGGCCGCGCACACACCAAUGAGCGUGGACGAACACAUUCACAUGGCACCGAGGAGAGGCGCGGGCGUGCACACACUGAUGUCUCUAUGGAGAGUAUUUGUACUAUAAGCCAGAACGUCUCAAACACAGCUGAACUGGCAUGCUAGAAUAUCAGUGCUACUUAGACUCUCGCACUUAACUCAGUUCAAAACUUACUAUACCUGCACUUGCAUCUUUAUUAGUAAUUUCCUUAAAGUACUCCAAUCAUCAUAUUUAUUUUGUCUGUCACAUAAAAGAUCACAUAUAAUUUUAACUUAUUUUAUUCUUGAUUUUUCUUUUGCCUGUCUAAUGAUGUCCUCUUUUACCUUAACUACCAGCUUGUAGGAGUUGUAAGCUUCAUUAUGUUUUUCAUUUUUCUCUUUAAAUAAAGUAGAGGAGAAAAUAAUAAAAGUUGUCAGGUAAUUCUUUUCAAAAUGUCAUGGAUUUGUGUACAGUGUUGUUGGAGGUUUUGUCUUUAGGAGUUGUAGUUGCAAUUGUUGUAAAAACUUAAAUGAAAUGAGAUAAAUAAGGAGUAAAAAGGUCAGACUAGUAGAACUGAAUUGUAAAGUCAACAUUAUUAACUUUAUGAAUGUAAACAGUUGCAGUCAACAACAGUUUUCACAUAUUGUGGUAAUUUCUAAGCACUUUAUUUAACGGCAAUUGGCAGACCAAUUCAUUGAGAACACUUUUUAAGUCAGAUUUAACAUGCUUGAAAUUAAACUUAAGUUAAUAUACAGUCAAUUAAAAGCUAUGAUCAUAUUUCCUGAAAAUAUUUUGCUUUCAACUCUGUUGUGAGCAUAUUUUCACUCCCACUUCUACAUAUUAUUAAACUAUGUAGAAAUUAUUUGACUUGAUAAAACUAGGCUAUGAGAAUAUAUUUAUAGACAUUUGUUUCUUAAAAAUUGAAAAAAAGAAGAAUUGAAUGGAAUUUAAUUUCAACUCCCAACAAGAUGGGUAGGCAGAUAGACCACUAGAUGGAGUCAUAUAACAAGUUUAGAUGUCAAAUGCCGUACAGUGUUCUGUAAUGAAUCAUGCAAAAAGUCAACUUUUGUGUCAGUCAUGAUUGUUUUCUUACUGCUGUGCAAUAAAGGGCAACAUGUACAAGAUAA